CUCACUUGAUCCGCUCCCUUCGCCGCGACGACGUUCCUACGCAGCUGCGGUCGACGCGCGCACGGCAGCUCGCUCGCUAGCUGAUCACGACAGCUCGCUCGGCUCGACCGAAUGGCGCCGCGGCUGCUGGCGUGCUUCGGGCGCGGCGUCGCGGCGGCGCCGGACGACGCGACUGGCGAGGGCCAGCUGGAGGCGCCCCCCGCUGGCCCGGUGCUGGUGGAGCUGUUCGGGUCGCAGGGGUGCGGGGCGUCGCCCGAGGCGGACGCCGUGGCGGCGCGGCUGGCGCAGGACUCCGGGUCCGGGGACGGCGCCGUCGUGGUGCUGGCGUUCCACGUCGACUACUGGGACUACCGCGGGUGGAAGGACCCCUUCGCGUCCAGCGCCUGGACCGUGCGCCAGAAGGCCUACGUGGAGGCGCUCCGCCUCGACACGCUCUUCACGCCGCAGGUCGUCCUGCAGGGCCGCGCGCACUGCGUCGGCACCGACCAGGACGCGCUCGCGCUGGCCGUCCGCGACGCCCCGCGCUACCCCGCGCCCGCCAUCAAGGUACGUACGUACGUAUGCUGCGUAAAAUUGCAUACUUCUUGCACAAACUGUUUAGCUAACUGCUCUGCAAAUUUAAGAACCAAGACAAAAAAAAAACCCUGGAUAUUCCAAAUGCUGUUGCUGUAGAGCGUCUCAUGAUCGCCACUACUAUGCUUACGCUGGAUCGGCAACCAACAGCGAUUCAGAUCUGCCGUAACCGGAUCGCCCGUAGACGCUGGGGGCCUGGGGUGUCACUGUCACUGUAGACUGAUGAGCGUGAUUGCGUGAAGCCACGACCUGACCGGAUCGGAUGCGCGCGCGCAGGUCACGUUCCAGCGGCCGAGCCCCGCAACACUGCAGGCGUCGUUCACGGGCACCCUGCGCAGCCGCGUGGAGGGCCCAGGCGGCGCGAGCGUGCUGGUGGCGCUGUACGAGAGCGGGCUGGUGACCGACUGCGGGCGCGGCGAGAACAAGGGCAAGUCGCUGCUCAACGACCACGUGGUGCGCCGUCUCGAGAAGGUGGCCGCCGUGCGGGAGGGCGCCUCGCCGAAGAAGACCGUGUCGGGCACCGUCCAGUUCCCGCUCUGGGACGGCUUUCGCGCCACCAAGUGCGGCCUCGUGCUCUUCGUCCAGAACGCCGCGCUGCAGGUGCUCGGCGUCCAGCACUUCGACCUGCCUGACAACGUCUGAGCUCGUGACGCGGUGGGGCGCGCGCGCGUUCCGCGUUGGCUGCCUCCCUGCGGCGGGCGUCACAUUCUUUGUAUCACUGUAUGUAGUACAUCACUGGAUGGUAUUUAGAUGGAAAACCUGAGUAUUCUUUAUCUCCACGUAUGUUCUUGUUCUGCAUUAUGGCAAUGGAUCUUCUGUUUUGCACACU